GAGACGCAGCUUGGCCUCUCCUUAGCGCGUUCUCCACUGCUGUGGUACAGACGGCGAGGAGCGGGAGCUGGGCUCUCCGUCCCGGGCAGGCGGGACACGGGCGAUCCUCGCGCCCGACGCUCAGCUUCCCUGUGGCCAGUAGAGCCGGUACCGAUCCGGAUCCGGAGCACCGGGGGUGCCUGCGGGUUUCAGCGCCGCGGGCUCCUCGGGUCCUGGGCCUCGAGCGGAGGACACCGUGAGUCCCUGAGCCGCCACUGCGGAAGGAGAUCAAAGUCAAGAACGAUUGCAACUACCACAAUGGGCAGCAAAACCUUGCCAGCACCAGUGCCCAUCCACCCGUCCCUGCAGCUCACCAACUACUCUUUCCUGCAGGCAGUGAAUGGCCUGCCCACAGUACCCUCCGACCACCUGCCCAACUUGUAUGGCUUCAGUGCACUGCACGCUGUGCACCUGCACCAGUGGACGCUGGGUUACCCGGCCAUGCACUUGCCGCGCUCUUCUUUCUCCAAAAUGCCCAGUGCUGUGUCCAGCCUGGUGGAUGCACGCUUCCAGCUGCCUGCCUUUCCCUGGUUCCCUCAGGUCAUCCAACCCAAACCGGAGAUCACUGCUGGAGGCGGUGGCCCAGCACUCAAGACCAAGCCACGCUUCGAUUUUGCCAACUUGGCUCUGGCUGCCACACAGGAAGAUCCUUCCAAGCUUGUCCGAGGUGAGGGCCCUGGAUCCCCUGCAGGUGGGUUGGGUGCCCUCCUGGAUGUGACCAAGCUGUCCCCAGAAAAGAAGCCCACAAGAGGACGCCUUCCUUCCAAGACCAAGAAGGAGUUUGUCUGCAAAUUCUGUGGACGUCACUUCACCAAGUCCUAUAAUCUACUUAUCCAUGAGCGGACGCACACAGAUGAGCGGCCCUACACCUGUGACAUCUGCCACAAAGCCUUCAGGAGGCAGGACCACCUACGGGAUCACAGAUACAUUCAUUCCAAAGAGAAACCUUUCAAAUGUCAAGAGUGCGGCAAAGGAUUCUGCCAGUCCAGGACUCUCGCUGUCCACAAGACUCUACACUCGCAGGUGAAGGAGCUCAAAACCUCCAAGAUCAAGUGUUAAACAGUCUUUGGCGCACCACAGAUGGGCCGCGCUGUCCCUUCUCCAGAGAAACGCUUCGCGGAAGACGACUCUGGAGGCAGUGGGAGGGGCUCCGGGGGCCUUACUCCACCUCAAUGCUGUCCCCUGGGUCCCUCGCGCGCGGCGCUCCAGAGCUCCGCCAGGCGCCGACCCCAGCGCUCGGGCGGCUCCCCGAGGACGCCGCUCAACUCUCGGCCAAAAGGCGGGACUCACGUGGCGGAAGGGAAACAGCAUUUAAAAAAAGAACGAAAGCUCUGCGGAGCCGCAGUGGCGCCUCUUCCAGAAGUAUUACUUUUUCAAUUGUUAUUUUAUACAUUUUCUUUCUUGCCUCCCCCCUACGCCCAAACAAGUUUGUAACUGACUGCGGAGAGAGGAGGAGAAGUUCUGCACGCCGGCAGCUUCUAGCUCCUCCUCGCGCUCCAUCCCACCCACUCCACCCCUCGGAGCCUGCGAAAGUGUAAUCUUUGUAUCUGCUUCAGCUGCCGGCCAGGGACCUGCCUCGAGCGCCCUCACAGCUCCGCUGCGCAGCCCGCCCGCCGCCCGCAGAGGGCUCGGGGUUGAAGUGCGAUGUGGGGAACCCUCGCGCCUGGGCAGCGGUGCCCGGCGCGGCCUCCCGGCUCCCACGCGCAUCCUCUGAGCAGGCCGGCCGGGGCGGGCGUUGUAUUGCGACUGGCACUUUAUGCUGACCAUCAGUAACGGACAUUUAUCACUGGAGUUUUUUUUUUUAACUAUUAAAUAAACGGUUAUUUUACAGGC